AUGCCUCUGGGGAUCAACAAUCCGCUCCCAUCGUCGAUGGGCAGCGAAUGCAAGAAGGCCGCAAAGAUCUUGACAUCAUUUGUCGAUCCUAAGCAAGCAUUCGGCCCUGAUAAAGUCAUUCCCCCAGAAAUUCUGGCUGGCGCAAAGGGUCUCGCGAUUCUCACCGUUCUGAAAGCCGGAUUCCUGGGCUCUGGUCGAUUCGGCUCCGGUAUUGUCGUCGCUCGCCUUGCUGAUGGCACUUGGUCGGCCCCGUCGGCCAUUGCGACUGCUGGUGCUGGAAUUGGAGGACAAAUUGGAUUCGAGUUGACCGACUUCGUGUUCAUUCUCAAUGAUGCUGCUGCUGUCCGCACAUUCUCUCAAUUUGGAACCCUGACUCUCGGUGGUAACGUCUCACUGGCUGCUGGACCUGUCGGCCGAAAUGCCGAGGCGGCCGGAGCAGCCAGCACCAAGGGCGUCGCAGCCGUCUUCUCUUACUCCAAAACUAAAGGUCUUUUCGCCGGUGUCAGUUUGGAAGGUAGUAUGUUGGUAGAGCGCAAGGAUGCCAACGAGAAAUUGUAUCGCAGCCGCGUCUCUGCCAACCAGCUGCUCACUGGAAGCGUUCGCCCGCCCCCAGCAUCUGAUGCCCUCAUGCGCGUGCUCAACUCGCGCGCCUUCCAAGGAAAUUCGAGGGCCUACGGAGACGCUAUGUACAAUGACAUUCCCGUCUACGACGAUAGUCACGACGAUGUGGUUUGGGAAGGGCGCAAAGGCGAUGCUUACGGUCAAGGAAGCCGACGCAGCCGAGCAAACACAACCGACGAUGACUAUAGCUACCAGGACAAGCCGCGCCGCGCAAACACUUGGGCUGAUGAUGUUUAUGACCGGUCCCCUGGGGGUCUGGGACGCUCUGCAACAUCUCGGGCGCCUAGUGACGCAUAUGAUACGGGGCGCAACCGAAGCAAUACCGCCCCAUUCGAGGAGGACUACGUCUACUCAGAUCGCCGACCUACUCGCCCCACUGCACCCAAGCCUGUAUUUGGGCAAAAGACAGGCGCGGCUCAGCUGCGAUCAGACCAGGCCAUUGCUCUUUACACAUUCGACGCCGACCAGGAUGGAGACCUCGGGUUCAAGAAGGGUGAAGUCAUUACAAUCCUUAAGCGAACGGAAAAAGCAGAAGACUGGUGGACCGGCCGCGUUGGUAACCGCGAGGGUAUCUUCCCUAGCAACUAUGUCGAUGCCUCUUAA